AUGAAGUUGUCUGUGCAGCUUUUUGCUGUCAUGUUAUUGGUAUCGCUUCUGCCCUAUUCAUUGGCAAGUAUUGAAGUAAUAACAACGACAUUAUAUCGUCCAGAAUCAUGCUUAGAUAUCAAACAACUUCGCCCUAAAGUUCACUUGAAUGGUUAUUACACAAUUUAUGAUAAAGAAGAAGCACUUCAUACAGUUUACUGCGAUUUUAAUUCCGAAAAGCCAUACGUCUGGACUUUAAUAGAAUCAUUCUCACGCAAAAUGGGUAUGUAUCGAUCGGAAGAGAAAGGCCACUAUCAUUUUCAACGACCAUUUACCACUGAUUAUGCUUAUAGUGAAUGUCGCCCAGAUAAUUUUCAAGCCUACCGUACUUCUUUAGCUGCUAGGAGGCUAAUCUAUGGAUCACAAACAACAACACAUUGGAGAGCAACUUGUAAUUUUGAUCUUUAUGCCAUGGGCAUAGAUAAAAAAAUGUCGCAUCGAGAUUAUGUAAGGGGAAGUAUGUGUUCGCUUAACAUUAUGACUCUAGGUUCCUCUGGCGGUAGUUGUUACUAUGCAGACUAUAUGAAUAUUCAUGGACAUUCUUGCAGUCACUGCUCUAUGCCAUUUUACGCUAGCGGUUCGACACAUUUAAGUCUUAUAUCUAGCCAAUCUCCAAAUCGUUGUGGUAGAAUACGCUUUGGCCAUACUGUAAAAAAUGAGUAUAACUGGGGUACAUACGUCAACUACAACGAGAAAUUUCGUUGUACAGCAACACCAGAAUCGACAACUAAUUGGUGGCUUGGUGGCGUUUAUAAUGCUCAAGAUUUGCAACAAAACGUUAAGAAAUAA